AUGCUUGUCCCCCGUCUGAUUCUGGGCGCAGCCGCCUACCUGUCCCUUGCCGCCGCGACGCUGCACUCGCCCCCGAACGGCAAUUGCUCGAGGCAUGAUUUGAACGUGCUGUCUUGCUCGCCCGAGAGCCUGACGACUGACGCCUGCUGUGUCGAGUCGCCCGGCGGCCUGCUGCUGCUGACCCAGCUCUACUCCAAGACGGCCGGCGGACCCGAGAACACCUGGACCGUCCACGGUCUUUGGAACGACUACUGCAAUGGCAGCUACCCUUCUUCGUGCGAUGCGUCCAGGAACUACGUGGAUAUUGCGUCUACCCUGGAAGAAUACGGCCAGGACAGUCUGCUGGACUACAUGAAGGAGCACUGGAGAAACGACCCGGUCAUUACCACCUCGAACGGCACGGACGAAGAGCUCUGGGAGCACGAAUGGAGCAAGCACGGCACCUGCAUGACCACCCUCCGCCCGUCCUGCUACACCCACUAUACCCCAGAGCUUGAGCUCGUCCAGUUCCUCCACGAAGUCGUCCACCUCCACAAGCAGCUUCCCACCCAGGACUAUCUCGCUUCGUGUGGAAUUGUGCCGACGAGCAACAGCACAUACGCCUUGGCGGACAUUGAGGCAUGCUUCAUUAAGGUCACAGGAGGAUACCUGCCGCACAUCGGCUGCACAAAUGGCUCACUAAGUGAGGUGUGGUAUUAUCAUCAUCUGGCCGGUAGGGUCAACGGCGGGCGCUACGUCCCUACGAACACCACGUAUGGAAGCAAUUGUCCCAAGACGGGCAUUGUCUACCCACCGAAGCCGGCCUCGUGA